ACUCUCGAUGGAUUUAUAUUCGUAGUAGCACCUGAUGGAAAAAUAAUGUAUAUUAGUGAGACUGCAAGUGUACAUUUGGGUCUUUCACAAGUUGAAUUAACCGGCAACAGUAUUUACGAGUAUAUUCAUCCAGUUGAUCAUAAUGAGAUGCAUGAUGUAUUGAAUUCACCACCUCCUAUAUUAAAUCGAUCGUUUCUAUUACCCAAUGCUCAUGGAAACAUUGAAAUAGAACGAGCAUUCUUCAUUAGGAUGAAAUGCGUGUUAGCUAAAAGAAACGCUGGACUCGUUACUUCAGGUUGGAAG